GUCACACUGAGGCACAGCCAGGUGUUCAAGGUGUGAUGAAAUGCAAGCGUGACAGGAAGUAUGUCAGAGGUCAGAUUUGCCCAGUCUGUGAGACCCCCGUCCACUCUCAAGGUCAAAGCCUCAAUCACCUUCCCCACGAUUCCUUCAUAUGUUCCAAGCCCUGGAUCCACCCCCAUCUGAAGGACAGAAACAUUAGUUUGGAUGAGGGUGAUUACACCCUAGUCUCUCCCAAGGACUUUAUAGCCCCAAUCGGAUCUCUGCAGAUGAACAUCACAGACCAGUUCCAUAAUGAUGCUAGUCUUACCUGCACAGUCCAAAGACCAUCUGGCAUGGAGAACCUGACUCUAACCCAAGUGGAGGAGGGGGAGAAUAAUGUGACCCUGCUCACUGCCAGCAUCUCCACAUGGCUGGUCUGUAAUAUUGACUAUGAACACAUCCAGCAGCUUUGGCGCAUCCUGGCUACAUAUAGUGACAUGCCUAUGAGGCUGGAAAGAGGGUUGAUGCUUUCCAUGACCCCGGUCAUGAUCUACAAGUACAGCCAGAUUAAACCAGAGGAGGGACAAGAUGAAAUCCACACAGAUAUUGAGGCAGAGAUUAAGGCCUCGCCUGCAUGGUUGAUGCAGGGAGAAGUAAACUUCCAACUGGAUCGGACUACCACCACAUUUUCCACUUUGCACGUCAAGUAUAGAUCAUUGGUCAACCUACGCAUAGAGAACAAGGUGUCGCAGUCAAGAGAUCGCUACAGCUGGACCAUCAUCAAUCGUGACAACCAGACCAAGACUGAGCAGUCUGUCCUUAUAGGUGGGGUGGCAGAGCUGAACUGUCAGACGUUUGGAGAGCCAAAGCCCUCUGUGGAGUGGAUCCUAUCAGAUAACAGCAAGGUGCGGGCACCCUACUCAAGCGAGGACCACAGGAUAGUGAUCACAGCUGAUGGGAGGCUGACCUUGAGAGGAGCAGACACCUCAGACAGUGGGCUCUACCACUGCAUUGCCACUAACUACCUGGAUGCAGAUGUGUUGAGCUUUAGGGUCACCGUACUUUCUGCUGAUGUGGAGGAAGGUGAGGUCAAUGGGGUCCGGCUCUCACGGCCUCUGGGCCAAAGCUUGGUUCUUGACUGUGGGUCCACAGGUAGCCCUGAGGCCUCUGUACAGUGGAUUCUCCCAGACCACACAGUGCUGGAUAAAUCCUAUGGGAACCGGAAGCUCUAUAGUAACGGGACUCUAUCAAUAAAAGAACUGACUUCCAGAGACUGGGGGUUUUAUCGGUGUCUUUCUGCUAACCACAUGGGGGUGGACCUGUUGACAUCCCUGGUAACUGUCACUGGGGAGUGGUCAGGGAGGGUGACAAGGGUGGAUAGCGAGGGGUCAGGAGCACAGGCUUUGGUUGAGAUUGACAAAGGCAUACAGGAUGCGGAGGAUUCCACCAGUAAGAUCCCUUCAUCAAGUCCCUCUGACAGAACGAGCCAGGAGUCCCGGACCAUCACGUCAGAUAGGCCCUAUCCCAGACUCAGAUCCACCUCUCAGGUUAGAGGACUAGGGAGCUCAGGCGGAAGGAAGAGGGGUCCAGCCAGCAGCAGGCGCAUAUGGAACCGAGAGUGA